AUGGAGGAAAGAUAUCGAAUUUAUCUCAACGAAUGCUUGGAAGACCUGCAUAUUUGUCUGGACAACGCCAUUUGUAACAACACUAAGGGCUCCUACAACUGUACAUGCAAACCAGGAUUUAUUGGAGACGGAAAAAAUAGCUGCAAAGAUGUCGACGAAUGUGAGAAAGGUAUGCAUGGCUGUCAGGCCAAUGCCACUUGUAACAACAAUGAGGGAUCACACAACUGGUCAGUAUGCGAGCUGGUUGGUGUAGCGGACAGAAACAGAAUACCAGACGCUGGAAUGACAGCAAACAGUUUUUACUCUGGUAGUUAUCAUCCUUACUACGGCAGACUGAAUGAAAGCAGGGGACAUGGAUUUUGGUGUACUAAGACUUCAUCUGAUAGAACUGACUAUCUUCAAGUUGAUAUGGGUGAAGUGCGUUCUGUUUGUGCUGUGGCCACACAAGGACUACAGUAUUAUUGGUUCCCUAUAUAUACCGCUAGCUAUAAACUACACCUGUCCACCGACGGUUUAACUUGGAAAACUUACAAUGAGACAAAUAUUGAAAAGAUCUUUCAAGGAAACGCAGACCGAAGCAGCAUCAUGAAACAUCCACUCAGUACUGAAGUCAAGGCCAGAUACGUUCGCUUUUAUCCUGUCACGUAUAACCAUCAUCUCUGUAUGAGUGUUGAAGUGUUUGUGCUAAAUUGACGAAAUAAAAAUAUUCAGUAACCCCUAGAGAUUACAAAAAAGGA